AUGUUCAAGAUCCUGCUUGUCUGCGCCCUUGCCGCCCUGGUGGUCGCCAACGAGAAUGCCGAGGUCAAGGAGCUGGUCAACGAUGUGAACCCCGAUGGCUUCAACUCCAAGUUGGUCCUCGACAACGGAGUUGCCUCGUCGGCCACCGGCGAUGUCCACGGAAACAUCGACGGCGUCUUCGAGUGGCUUUCCCCCGAGGGUGUCCAUGUGCGUGUGGCAUACAAGGCCGACGAGAACGGAUACCAGCCCCAGAGCGACCUGCUGCCCACUCCCCCACCAAUCCCAGAGGCCAUCCUCAAGGCCAUCGCCUACAUCCAGGCUAACCCCGGCAAGAACUAA